AUGUCAACCUCUGUCCACCGCGACUCGCCCUGUAAAAGACGUCUUCGACCAGCAAGUUAUCCCGAAAAACCAAAAGUCUCAACUAAAACACUGAUCGACAGAUACAAACGCGGCGAGACGAACGCUGUGUCCUUGCUCCAUCAGCUCGCCCAGGUUUUGCAGUUCCACCUGGAGAUGAAAGAGACGGUGACCACAGGCAACAUACUAGGGCUUUAUUUUGCCUUUUGUGUGGUCAUUGACGGGGUCGAGUACAAGACUGGUAUGGGAAUAACCAAGAAGGAGGCCCGGCUAAAAGCAUCAGAGCUUGCUCUGCAGGACUUGCUGCCCAAUUUGGAAAGCCUGAAGUCUGUCCUCCCUGGAGCAUCAGAUAUUCCUCCACCCCUGCCAGUCAAAGAGGAGCCCUCCAUCUCAGAGGUCCAUCCUUAUAGAUCUAUUCAUGAAAGGAAGAAUACCGCCAACCUCCAGUUUCCUCAUGCUGUCAGGGAUCAGCUCACUAAACUGAUGAACAGCCACCCAGAGUUCUCCGUCUGUGCAGGCACCACAGCGGCGUUCAUCCUUCAGACCGCUGGGGGAUGUGAGGUAGUUGCUCUCGGAACUGGAAAUUUCAAUACCAAAGAGAGUGCAUCGAUGAGCGGACGCAUUGUGCACGAUUCACAUGCAGUAGUAACUGCACGGAGAUCUCUAAUGAGGUUCCUGUACCGGCACCUGCUGAUGUUCUUCAGCAAAACGGCCAAUCUGACCGAGAAGUCGAUCUUCCAGCAGAACAGCAGCAGUGGCCUCCUCAGCCUAAAGAACGGCAUCACCUUCCACCUCUACGUGAACCAGCUGCCAAAGGGGGCCGCUCAGAUCCCCUCCAAGCUGUGUCUGAACCCGCUCUCCAUAUCAGCAUGGCAAGUCAACAAUGAGAUCAGCCUGCAUCUAUCAGUGGAGGGCAAGGUGUUCUCAGUUUUCUCAUCGGCCUUCGAGCACGUGGCUUCCAAGGUGGUUAGUAUGUCCACCACAGACAAGAUCACCCAGUGGCAAGUGUUGGGCUACCAGGGAGCCCUACUCAGCCAUUUCAUCGAGCCUGUCUAUGUCCAAAGCAUCCUUAUAGGUGAUUCGGGCUGCAGUGAUAUUCGUGGGAUGGAGAUCUCUGUUGGCCAACGCGUGGAGGGGAUCACCCCCCAGCUGCCCAUGUUCUACCUGAUGAUGAGGCCCCAGAUCAGCCUGGUGCCCUCUGUGGCUACCAACAGUGCCGACAGUGGCCAGUUGACCUACGGCAUUAACUGGAGUGAAGGAGACAGUUCCCCCGAGGUUGUGGAUGGUCUGGAGGGCAGGACCACAGAGCAGUCUCCCUUUAAGAGUGGCCCUGCUCUGGCAAGCCGCCUGUGCAAAGCAGCAAUGCUGCACCGCUUCAAGUUGGUGGCCAAAGAGGCCCAGAGGCAGGACCUGCUGGCUACGAGCUCCUACAGAGAAGCCAAGAGGAUGGCUAAACCGUACCAGGAGGCCAAGAAUGUGCUGAGGGCGUACCUCUUGCAGCAGGGCUUCGGUUCCUGGUUGGUCAAGCUUUCGGUUAGUGAUAACUUCAGCAUGUGA